AUCACAUAUUUGAAAAAGUAAAUCCUGAAAUGGAAAAGCUGGGAUAUGAGUGCAAGUGCCUUGGAGGAGGGAAAAUUGAUCAUAAUAGCAAAGACAAGAAAAUUAGGGUAUUUGGGCUCUCUACAGGCUAUGGAAAAGCAGAUCAUUCGGUGACUGUAGAGAUACUGAAAAAAGUGUAUACAGAUUAUGAAAUUACAUGGUCCGAUGACAAGAAAUAAAUUGGCUACUUAUGAACACAACAAGCAGUUCAAAACUGGUAACUCUGAGCUGUACUUUGAUAAAUAAAAUUGAAUGUGUCUUCUA